UAACAGAGUCCUGAUUUGAAACUUCAGUAAACACAGACAUUCUUUCAUUUCUUUGCUGUUUUUCCUGUUUCUUAAAUGGCUUUGGCAAAUUCUUCCACUGCUUUUACUCUAAGGACUACUUCUAUCCUCCCUGCUGCCCCUUCAUUUCCUUAUCGCACGCCUACUUCUUUUGGCACUCCAACUAAGUGCUUGCCUUUCGAAUUGCAAGCAACAAGAAAGAGAAAAAUUCUGUUCAGUCAAUCUUUUGCAGUAAAGAAUGAGUUAAGCGAAGCUGAUGAUGGAACGGAUGCGAAAGUGGAAGAAUUGAGGGGGCCUACAGAAACAUUACUGUACUCCUUCAUUCCUUUACCUUUGCUCGUUGUGGCGGCUCUUCCUGGAGCUGGGACUGUAAGGUCUCUCUUUGGUCCUUUUGUUGAGCUAGUGAAAUCAUGGAGUCUGCCUGAUUGGCUUGUGCAUUGGGGGCACCCUGGAAACAUGGCAGUUGUGCUUUUCGCCAUGGGAGGGUAUGGAACAUAUCUAGGCUUCCGCAUUCGCUAUUCUGACGAUAUGGAGGAAAAAGCCAAUGCUAAAGAUUUGCACCCAAAGCUUCUAGGUGGUAUGUUUUUCUUCUUUGCUCUAGGAGCAACUGGUGGAAUAACAUCUCUGCUAACUUCAGACAAACCUAUAUUUGAAAGUCCACAUGCAGUUACAGGUUUCAUUGGUCUUACUCUCCUGACAAUUCAAACCAUUUUGCCAACAUUAUUUGAGGGUAAUCCCGGAUUGAGGAAUGUGCAUGGAAUUUUAGGCAGUGGGAUCAUGACACUGUUUCUUAUCCAUGCUGCCCUUGGGCUUCAACUGGGCCUUAGUUACUGAUCACAGCUCUGCCUCUGCCUAUCUAUAGCAGUCACAAAUUUCUUCUGCUUAUAUAUAUAUACACACAUUGUUUCUUCUGGAAUGGGUAUAAUAUUCCCAUCGAUAUCAGAAUUUCUUUUUUCUUUGAAAGAUGCAUUGUAAAAUGACAUGUACGUGCAAUUUUGUAGCAAAAUUUACUUAUAAUCAUAAGCAGAGUUAUGUAUUUUGCACGAAUACCUAGCAUACUCUUUCAAAGUCUUCACUUCUCCAACUGUUAUCACCCAAACAUACAAUCAUCACAUUGCGUAACCAGGUUAGGCCCGUGCCUCAAUAAAUAACAGGAUGUACCAACCCAUGCCAAUUUUCAAGGUGGAUUCUAUAUUUUAACAUUAAAAAGGGAAAGUGAAUGAAAAUAGUAAAAAGGUGAAGAA